CCUGAGGGGAGCCAGACACACUCUCAGGCCCCGAAUAUAGACAAAUUAUUGGGCAGAAAUCGGAAAAAAACAACCGAAGAAGCACCCGUGAGGAGAAGGAAGGAGCGGGGAGCGGCGGCGUGGGCUCUCCCCACCGUGGGUUUCUGGUUCGGGUCCGGGGGAUGGAAGGUUACCGGGGCUCCAUGUGAAAGUGACUUAAUGCGGUGCUGGAAACUUUUUGAAGAGUAAAAAUGCAAAGCAGUGUUUCCCACUCACCGCCAACAAUAGCUGUUGGGACUGGGUGAGGAGAAGAGAGUGAAGGACAGGAGCGACUGAAGAAGAGCGUGAGAGAAGGAGAGUGCAGAGACAAAACGACAAGUAGGAUUUUAACAGAUUUUGCCGGACUUUGAGGUCCCCGCUGGAUCAUUGGCCCUUCCUGUGAGCUUUUUUUUUCAACAACCACCCCCCCUCCAAAACUUCCCACGUUGAGCCUGCGAGGCAGGGGAGCCACGAGUGAGUUUUCAUGGCAGCGGCACUCUAGGGCUGCCAUGGCAGCUGCUGCCGCCGAUGCCUCACACCGUAUUACCGCACUGACGCUGGAGGAAGAGGGACGACGGACUGCCGCCAAGCUGUUUGGGAGUGCCGCCCCGCUACCACGGACAGAAAGAGAGAGAGAGCGAGAGAGGGGGAAAGAGAGAGAGAGGGAGAGAGAAAAAGAAGGAGAGGAGGUAGGGAGAGCAAGUGGGAACGAGUGUUUGGUUUGCGGGGCCCUGUUCGCCUCACAGGAGAAGCUCCGGCUCCACGCCUUGAGUCACACAGGAGAGAAACCCUUCCACUGCUCGCAGCCACACUGUCCCAAGGCCUUCAGCUCCAAAUACAAACUCUUCAGGCAUAUGGCCACACACUCUCCGCAGAAGACCCAUCAGUGCUCGUUCUGUGAGAAAAUGUUCCACCGCAAAGACCACCUGAAGAACCACCUGCAGACACAUGACCCCAACAAGGAGGCCUUCAAGUGUGAGGAGUGUGGGAAGCACUACAACACCAAGCUGGGAUAUAAGCGCCAUGUGGCCAUGCACUCUGCCACAGCAGGGGAUCUUACCUGCAAGGUGUGCAUGCAGACGUACGAGAGCACGCCUGUGCUCUUGGAGCACCUCAAGAGCCACUCCGGAAAGUCUUCAGGAGGCACCAAGGAGAAGAAACACCCGUGCGACCACUGUGACCGCCGUUUCUACACACGGAAGGAUGUGAGACGGCACAUGGUGGUCCACACAGGCCGAAAGGACUUCCUGUGCCAGUACUGUGCCCAGCGCUUCGGCAGGAAGGAUCAUCUGACACGCCAUGUGAAGAAGAGCCACUCGCAGGAGCUGCUGAAGAUCAAGACAGAGCCUCCUGAUAUGUUAGGUCUUUUAGCUUCCGGGUCACCACCUUGCUCUGUGAAGGAGGAGCUCAGCCCCAUGAUGUGCAGCAUGGGUCCCAACAAAGACCCCAUGAUGGGCAAACCGUUCCCUAGUGGGGCCCCUUUUCCGAUGGGCAUGUACAACCCCCACCAUCUCCAGGCCAUGUCUAAUUCUGGGGUGGGUCACCCACACCCGUCCCUAAUGCCCACUUCCUUGUCUGCAGCUAUGGGCAUGGGCUGUCACAUGGAAUCCCCUGGACCUCUUCACCCACACUCCCAUCACCACCACCAUCAUCACCACCAUCACCACCACCACCAUUCCCCUCCGCUGCCCUCACACCACCAACCUCCGGCUCCCCAGCAGCAGCACCAGCCCCAGCAAGUCCCCAAAUACCAGCUGGGAUCUACCUCAUACCUGCUGGACAAGCCCUUGAAAGUGGAGAUGGAGAGUUUCCUCAUGGAUCUGCAGAGUGGUUCGCCAGGCCCAGUUCCCUCUGUAGAGCCCCACACUGCUGCCUCGCCCCACAAGGACGGACUGGAGCCCACCUCGGGCCUGACGGAUGAGCUUUGCGGGGAUCCCCUCCUGUCCAAGAGCCCUGCGAUGAUCGCUGAGUCUCUGUGUGCUGCUAACAUGGACUUCUCCCACCUGCUGGGGUUCCUGCCCCUCAACCUGCCUCCCUACAGUGCACCCAUGAGCACAGGAGGACUGGUGAUGGGCUACACCUCAUCUGCGACUUCCUCCUCGUCUUCCAUCUCCUCUGCCUCAUCUCUGCAUGCUGCCGAGCCCCAUGUUGCAGCAGUCGCCGCGGCAGCAGCUGCCGUCGCCACAGCACCUCUUACCUCUUUGCAACCGCAACCUCAGGAGCAGCAGAGCUCCAGCGGGGGUCUGGGCCUUGGAUCCCUGCACCCCCUCCCAUCAGUGUUCAGCUCCAGCCUUAGUACCACCACACUGCCUCGCUUUCACCAGGCCUUCCAGUGAGAGAGUCAGGCCUCGGCCCAGCCCUGCCCAGCUCAGCAUGGAUAUUUCGGGCUGUGGUUCUUGACUGGGCACGAUCAAAAUGUUGGAGAAUUCUAACAAAUAAAUACACAAAUGAACACUUAGAAGCCUUAAAUGAAAGCGCACAAAAGCUUUUGAUUGAGCCUUAAAAGGAAGUUAAACCCCUUUGAGCAAAAAGGAAAAAAGAGAAGAAGUUGAAGCAGCUUUUAUUUGGGCUUUUUUUUUCUCCUAUCCUAUAGUUAUAACAAUGUAUUAACCCAUAUUUUUUAUUUUCAGUUACUUCCCCUUUUAUCCCCCUUCCAUCCCCUAUUUAGUAGUAUAGAGGGCAGGAUCAGUAGGCCAAAAGGUGUGGUACUGCAUACUUUCUAAAGUAAUAAUAUUAAAAAAAAAAAAUCAAAGAUAAUUUUUAGUGAAGAUUAUCUGUCUUGUUGUGACCCAGAAAAAAAUAGUUUGAAGUGGAUAUUUUGUUUUACUUUAUUUUUCUUUUCCAAAUGUAAGAACAUGGUAGAAUGUGUCUCAUCUUGAGUUUCAAACCACCUAAACUGUCAUGAUCAGUGAGAAAAGGAAAGAGAUCAGUGAAGGAAUGAAGAAAUGUAGAUUUCGAGUUGAAAUCAAUUGAAUCUGAACUGUAAAAUCUUCCUCUAGAUAGCUAGGCUAGAGCCACAAAAGCAACCCUGCCUCUUAAAAAAGUGCUCUUCAAAAAAGAAAAAUAAAUUUCCCUGUUGUCCCUGUUAUUUUAAGUGCAACUGAUGCGCUCAUAGAGUCGGUCAGUUUGAAUGAAAACACUCACUUAUCAUAUGAUUGAUAAGAGACCUGUUAGCUGCCAAACACAAAGACCAGACACAUACAUGGCCACGCAUUUUUUAAAGAAAAGAUAGAAAUGUGAAAGUGUGUGAGUUGGUUCGAAAUGAUAUAAUAUCAUGCUUGCUUUUUUUUUUUUUUUUUUUUUACUGUUCCUCAAGAGAAGCACUUUUUUUUAGCAGAAGGCACUUCACCUUUAGGAAUCUCCUUGGGAAACCUUUUGUCUUUGCCUGAGACAGACUUUCUCCUCAUUCUCUUUCCUUCACGUAUCUCCCUUUUAACAGUUACCUUUCAAAUUUCCCAUGAUAAUGACAAUUGCAGCUGUUUUCUUGGCUGCCCAACAUACCUGAAAUAUAUAUUUUUGGAAUAAAAUACCAACACAUCUUUAGGCAGUCUUUUAAAAAGAUGCGUCAUCAUGGUAAUGAUGAACCCUGACAUAUGUGAAUGGCAAAAAAAACAAAAGAAUUACAGUGACAGAUGAGGAAAAAUGUGUUAAAGAAUGUUAUUGCAGUGUACGAAAUAUCUCAAAAAUGAAUAUUAUUAUUGCUUUUAUCUCAGUAAGGUGUAUUUUAGGUAGACGUAUUAAAACUAAGUGAUGAUGUUUUUGAUGUCUGGCAGGUUUACAUUUGUGUGUAUCUUGCAUUUUGAUCAAACAAACGGAUGAAGUAUUAGCUUUUUCCCUUAAGCUUUCUCUGUUAUAUCCAAUCUUUACCUUUACAUGUAUGUGAGUUAGUAUAGCAGGAUCAGAACUGUGGAUGGGAAUUAUCUGUAGGAGGCUGUUAGCGGCUUAAUAAUCUGUUAGGAUUUGAGCUAGAUAGAUUGUGUCAUAAGGAUGCUGACAUGGAUGGCAUGGCCUAUGAAUCUGUGACUAUAGGUCUUUAUCCAGUGGAAUAUGUAAACCCUGCGCUGUGAUGAAAUCCAGGCUCCAAGCUCAGUGGUUUUUGGAUAUCUUGGAGUUUAGAUCCUUUCUAACCUUUCUAUGGCUGUCACCUUUCUAAAAAAACUCAACUUAUAACAAAUUAGAAAUGACAUGCAAUUUGUUUGAAUAAAUCCACAAACAAUUAGGGGAAUGGGAAAAAGUACGAAAAAACACGUAAAGACUAUAUUAAAGUAUAAUGGUGUGUUCCCACCAAUGGCGAAUCACGGGAUCAUUUGUGUUUACUCUGUCCAUACAACGCUGCAAAUACCCCACGAUAUGGGAACGUUUUCUGCUUCAAACUCAAUAUUUUGAACUUUUUGCUCGUUUGCGACAGGCGACGUGAAUGACGUGGUAGUCAUUGAUUUGCCUUUGGUGGGAAUGCACCAAAAGACAUUCGUUCUUACCACACUAAUGGGCCACAUAUCCUUGCAUAUGAAUCCUUCUAUCUUAACGCUGAGCUUUUAGCGAGGCUAAAGCUGAGUGUGUCGAACAGUCACAGAGGUUGAACAGUCGACAUUGCUCUGUUUGUCUGUGGUGCCUCCGCAGCACUGCCUCUCCUGAGUGCUAAGCUAACAUUCGCAAGUAAGUUGGGAGAUUUGUUGUCAUCGUAAACAGCUGCUUUGUACCAAGCCGUCAGAAGCACACUGAUACUCAGAUGAUUUGGUGUCACCAGUGUUCUAUCAGGACGGCUUUGCUCCCUCCAUUUUGUAGUAAACAGCAUGACAUUACUAGCUUAGUUUACUGACAGGACAAUAGGGCAUGCCAUAGGUCAAGCUGAUAGUAGAGCGCCCUCUGCUGGACCACAAGGCAAACUUCAGAACUUAAAAAGGUCUGUUGCGCUUUAAAAUGUUUAAUGUGAACACUUUGAAUUUCAUAGAAAAAGUGACAGCCCUAAACCUUCCACCACCAGCCUCUAAAAACCUGAGUCCUAAGUUAACUUAAACCUCAAAGAGAAAUCGGUGCUCUUUAUCCAAUGUUGUCUGUGGCAUGACCAACACAGCUGGCAUAUCCAGAACAUAACACAGCACAGAGGGCUGAGCUCCUGCAGCAUCUGUCAUAGUUCAUUCAGUGUCGUUCCAGUCAUAGAACAAGACCUUUGCCUACAGUGGUCGCCGUGCCACAGGUGAGCCACAGCCAUCGUUAAACGUUGAGUAAAAACAAACAAAAAAAUGAACAAAAAAACAGGAAAAACAUAGCACAUAAAAAAAUUAAAUACAUAUUGCUGCUUUUAGCUGCGGUUGCUGAUGGACGACAACUGUAGACCACUAGAACAUUUCAAUUUUUUUUUUUUGCAAGAUGGACAGCGAGCUGAAAACAUGCACAAACCGAACCGACAUAGUGUUUAUCAUCCCCCGGGCCCCAUCCCCUCCGUACUCCUCCUCCUCUCAGCUGCUUUGUAGAGUCAAAGGAAAAGGGUCUGAAAAUACCGCGAUAUCUGGAAGAACGCAGUCACCGAAUUCCCGGGCUUUGACAUUCAAAGUACAGGGGGACACAUGACUGACUGCACGACUUGGGGUAUUGCUCAUAGUCAUAUAUUUGUUUUGUUUGUUGUCGUAUGAUAUAUUAUUUUCUGUUUGUGUAAAACAGGACCUCGAAAAACAACACAACACAUCACCUCAUUUUUAUUUGUUUUUAUUUUUCUUACCAAAACCUGGGGAGAAGAAACUACAUUUUUGCACAAUUGCUUGUUACAAAAUGCUAAAAGUGUUCUGCGAUUUUUUGAUACUGUAGUAUAUGAAACCCCCGACAAUGAGCUGUGUGUGUUAGACAGGUGAAUAUUCCCCUUGGUGGUAAGGGCUGCUGAAAAUUCCGAAUCAGCGAGCACUGAUCCAGAAGAAGCGUCCCAGCAGUCUGACUGUUUGACCCCACUGCCAAAAUCCUAGAUUUUAUAAUCCGAGUUCUGAACUAAUUUGAAACUUAUUUUUAGUUAGUUAUUAGUCUCCCCCCUGGAAAGUUGUCAUUUUGAUGAUGACUCUUGUAAAAUGAUCAAACUUUCAUUGAUCCUAAAUGAAUUAGCUGUUAGCACCUUUCUAAGAAUUUACAUGAUAUAUUAAAAAAAUUUGAUCAAAUUUGAUCUUUAUUAUGAGCUUAAAAAAAAAGGUUGUUUUUAAGAAAAACCCUCUUAGUUUAAGCCAAAUUUGUAGCAAUCAAAUUGAGCAUUUAUAUAUUUGUAACAAAUAUUCAUUUAGUCCUAAAAGAAAGAAAAGUUAAGGAAAAGCUUUUGGCAUGUAUUAAGUUUGUCCUCCCUGGGUUUCAGUGAGCUAAUCUGAAUUCUAGCACUUUCAACCUUUUAAAAAAAAGAGUAUUUUUUUUCUUUUAAAAUUUCAGCUUAUAUGUUCAUAUGUUUUUAAUUUUGUAUUGAUCCUGUAUAUGUAUGUGCCAUUAGUUUGAUGUGUAGACUUUAUCAACCAUUUGUGUAUUUCUCUUUCUCCAAAAGAAUAACAGUAUUUUUGAUAGACUUUUCACUAAUAUUCUUCUACAUAAGAGCCCCCUUCUCCUUUGAAACCUUGUUGUUUUUUGGGCAAGCUUCGCCUUCUCUCUCAAAUUUACCCAAUCAAACUCUAUAGCCAAGCGUAUUAAGGGAACAGUAACAACAUAUCUGUUAUUCUGAGGCGGUGAGACCGUUGUCAAAGCCACAGCCUGACCACAACCUGCCAUUGAAAGGCUGCAACAGACUCAUUUCACAGGCCAUUUUUAGACCAUGUAACUGAACAAGAAUGAAGUCAGGAGUGACCCCAAAAUAUAGAACUUAGAGCUCACAGCCCUGAUCCUGGUUGUCCCGGCCACAAGGAACAGCUUCAUGCUGAUAAUGACUAGAUAUAAGAAUUACAGUUUCAGUUAUCCAUUGCAAAGUACUCAAAUGUGGCUUUAAAGCUGCAUUCAUUCAUUUUUAUAAAAAUAACUAACUAACUAAAAAUAAAUGUCAGUAUAUCAUGAGACAUGAGACAGAUAAUCAGGUUCCCCUGGCUCCUUCUAGAGCUCCUAGUGGCAUUUACAAGAAUCCACCAGGCCUGUCCAAUCAGAGCUAAGAACGAUGAUUGAUGGUUGGGUCUCCAUUAGAAUAAACCAGAGGAACCUGAUUUUUCACAGAUUAUCUGUCUCAUGUACUACUGUCAGGAUAUAGUGAAAGCAAAAUUGAUAAAAGGUUUUUUUUUUUAUAAAAAAUUACCUACUGCAGCUUUAAAUGAAUGUUACUAAACAUUAAAAUAGGAGAAAAAGAGCAUAAUGAUUUUUGGAUAUUUAAGACAGAAGUGAAAAGGUCUUAGUUGUUGAACAUGGAAAUGUGGUCAGGUUGUACUUGUUGUGUUGAGCUGUGAAACACCUACAACAACAACCUGUUGUACCACCUGAGCUCAUAUUGGUGACAGAGUGUUUCCCGCAUUACUAAUAUAUAUUUUUUAAAUAUAUAUACUGGGUUAGUCAUUCUGCAUAGAGGGAUCAUUCUGGGAAAAUGGGCACUGUUUCUAGACUUAUUCCCAGAUCAGUAUGGCAGCCCAUUUCAGUUUAGAAAAGAGCAGAAGAAAAGAAAAUCUUUCCUAUCUCAUAAUUCUAAUUUACUGUUAUAAUUUUGAGUUACUAAGUCAAAAUAGUGACCUCUUAACUAUUACUACUGCAUACUACAAAGUUAUUACUUGACUCAGUAAGUCAAAAUGUGACUCAAUAUCUCUUAUCUCUGACAUACUAUGUUAUAAUUCUGACUUAGUAUCUCAUACUUUUACUUUAUACAAUAUCUCAUCAUUUCAACUUACCACUAGUAGGAUUUUUACAUGUUUUAAUUAUUUUUUUCUUUUUCUGGUAGAAAUGGGCUUCUGUGAUUCGAGCUGACAGAAAAAGCUGAUUCCAAAUCAGCACAACUCUUAAACCCUUAAAGAUAUAAACUGGAUUCUCUCCUGACCUCUGACAGUGAUGUUGUUCUGUUUCUCGGCUUGGCUGUAGCUUCAUUACCUCGACCUGCACCUACUAGGGAUGCACUUAUCUUUACUCUAUCCUCUUUACUACUAGGUGCAGAACACAAGCAUUUUAAGGGAAUUUUUUCAUCAGUUUUGCCUGAGAAAAGCUGAUUUGAUUUUAAUAACGCUUUCUCUUUCUCUCCCUCUCUCUCUCUUUGCUUUUAGUAAGAAACUGGGUACUGUCUGAUGCAGGCAACAUCCACAUGUAGUUUUAUAUAUUUCUAGCUUAAAGUAAGUCUUGCAUUCCAACCUCUUUGUGUAUCUCGUUUUAGUGACAUAGCCCAUUUUAUUUUUAUCACUUGCUAUUACAGCCACCUCUGGAAUAAAAAAGGUGAAAGAAAAUAGAAUAUUUGCAUUCACUUCACUUAUUUUAUAUAGCAUGGAGUUUAUCAACUACAGGGAGAAUUAUAUAAAUGAUGUGCUUCGGAGAAAGGAAGAAAAUGAGAAGUCUUGCUUUUUUUGUUACAUAUCUCACAUGCAAUCAGUUGCUGCAAUGUAAAAGUGACAGAUUUGUAUAUUGGUUGAUCCAAAGAGAUGAUGAACACAACAACAGAACUAUUGACUUAUUGUACAGUACAGUGUAUCUUUGAGUUGUUAUGUGUUAUGUUGAAAUUAUUAAAAGACAAACCAGCGGUUUCAUACCUGAA